CUGUGCUAAAGGCAAAAGAGACAAAAAUAAUGAACACACGCAUCACAUACAAACAAACACACAGAUACUAUAUUCCAUAUCUGUGGGAAUGGGAAUGACUGGCCGCCGACUAUGUAGCCAGCAAGCAUUGUGUGUGCUCUCUGUGUGUUUGUGUGUCGCUUGACUGUGCGCUUAGAGCCGAAGUUGCUUGUCACUCGCUGGAGACAUUUGUGGGCAGUUGCGUUGAACUUGUCGUCUUGUGCGUAUCUUGUGAAUUCAUAAGGUACGGCGAACGGAUAUUGAAAAAAAAAAAAUUGAAAAAAAACGAGAAUACAUUUUACGAGAGUGCUCUUUCAUAUUGGAUUUAACAAAAAAAAUUCUUAACUCAUAUUCUGGGAGAAUGCUCUUUACAUUAUUGUGUCGUCUCCUUAACUAAAGUGUCAACGAGAAAUAAUCAAGAAAAAAGAAGAAGAACAAUAUUGGACUACCAAUACCAUUGCUGCUUCCACCACCAACACGAAUACAACAACAACGGCAUCACCACCAUUCCCAUCAUCAGCAUUUCAUUGAGCUCUGGUGUAUCGGUGUAGACGUCUCAACAUUCAGUGUCACCCACGACAUCACAAGAAGUGGACAUACCAAAAAAUUAAAAAAAAAAAAAAAAUAAUAUUACGUCGUCUUGUGUUUUGGACAAUUUUUUGUUUUUGUAUUUUCAUUUUCGAAAAAAAAACACACACACAAAAGUGCAACACCUAAGAUACCAAGUAAUCUGAAAUAACUCGUUUUAUAUAUUUGAAAAAACAAAAAAGUUUUAAGAAUUAAUAAACAAACAUUGAGAUUAAACCGGAUUUAAUUAAUUUUGAAAAAUAAAAACAAAUCAAAACUAAUGUCACCUGGAAUUAAAAACAAAUGUGAAAUAACAACUAAUGAUUUUAUUUGAAAACUAUUUUGUGAACAAUUUUGUGCGAAAAAUAAAAUCAACUAACAUUAAAUUUAAUUAAAAAAAAUUUGGAUUUUGCGGAAAAUUUUUGUUAACAAAACAAAAACCUUUUGAUGCGAUUUUCUUGAAAAAAUCGACAAUUUUAUAAAAUAUUUUCCCACAAACUCCACACCUUGACAAACACGCUCACACACACCCACAAAAAAAAAACGAUUUUCCCACCAUGGAACAUUUAAUGACUGCCUUUAUGCCACCCGCCUAUUUGUUGGGUCAUCACACUCCUGCCGCCGCCGCCGCUGCUGCCUUGUCUUCAUCCUCAGCCACCAGCUCACCGGCCACCUCACCCAACACAAUGUCUGCCUCGGGCCUAAGCAAACCCAAACGUUGGGGUUCUCCUCCCGUUAAUAUGGGCGGCCAGUACAUAAAUCCAGCCACCGGCAAAAAACGUGUACAAUGCUCCAUUUGCUUUAAGACUUUCUGCGAUAAGGGUGCUCUGAAGAUUCAUUUCUCGGCUGUGCAUUUGCGUGAAAUGCACAAAUGCACAGUGGAGGGUUGCAACAUGGUUUUCUCAUCGCGUCGUUCGCGUAAUCGCCAUAGUGCCAACCCAAAUCCCAAAUUGCAUUCGCCCCAUAUCAGACGCAAAAUUUCACCCCAUGAUGGUCGCACAGCUCAACAGUUCCCCGUCUUCCCCUUGGGACCGGCUGGCCUGUUGCCUUGUGGUCCUGCCUUUCCUGGUCUAAUGCCUCCCACCGGCAGUAUGGGUGGUCCCCAUCAUCCGGGUCAUGUCAUGUUUGGUGAUUUCUCAAAUCCAGCUGCUGCUGGUGGUGUACCCCACUUCCAACACAUGCUCAAUGGCAGUGGCCAUGAAAGAUUACCUCUAGCCUAUGCCUCCAGUGGUGCUUCCAACAACUCCGACAACGAUGAUGAUGAAGGCUAUGUCCUGGAUGUCCAGGGCUCCAAUGCUAGUCAGGGUAGCCACAGUGAUGUUGAUGACUACUGUCGUGAGGUGGAUGAAGAAGAUGAAGAAUUGAUCUCCGUUUCCAUUGAAGAUGAAACCAAACCCAUUGCCAUGCAUUCUGAGGAUUCCAAUGAACCCCUAGAUUUCAGUUUAAACAAGCGUUCCAAUGAUGCCACACCAAACUCAAAUGAACGACUCUCCGUCAGUCCCGUGCCCACAAAACAGUCCAACAGCUUCUCCAUGGAUACUCUCCUGGGUAAACGCAAGCGAUCCUGCGGCAGUGAAUCAGAAAUGUCCUUUGGCAAGACCUCACCCGUCACAAUUAAAAUGGAACAGGAUGAAGAAGCGUCGGACAACAAUUGCCUAGAUCUGUCUUCCGCCUCCCAGCCCAGUAAAAAAUCACAAAUUAUUGCCACACCUGAAAGCUCUCCCCUCUCGGCCGAGGAACAACAUUUGCGAUUACUGCAAUCGCAAAUGUUUGCUGCUGCAGCCGCUGCCGCUGCUGCUCAAAGCCAAAGUCUUGAAAGUCCCGACAAUACCAGCACCUCCACGCCUCCACCAACUGCACCACCCAUGUGGAAUCUACUCUCCGAGGUGUAUCGUUCCAUGUUAAUGAAAACCCAACACCAGCAGCAACAACAGGAACAAUCAUCCGCGCAAUACAAUGAAAUUUCCACGAAUCCAAUAUCGGUCUAGAUCUAAUGGGGUUUUUUAGCCUUUACAUCGUUCCAAAGAUCCAGACUUUUAUACAAAUAAAACAAAAACGAAAUAACACUCGCUUUAGGUUGUUACCUCAUCAAAUUCGUAUUACUUUAAAUGUUAAAAAAAUAUUGUUGUAAAGUUUCCAAAAAAAGUAAAUAUUAAAAAAUAUUAGUUUUUUUAGAUGUAAAUAAUUUAUGUAAAUAUAGGCCAUUAGGAACAACAACAAAUCCCCAAAUCAUCAUCAUUUACCUACAAAAGUAUUCAGCAAUAUUUUAGUAUCUAUCCUCCACAUGGAAAUGUUUAUUUAAAUGUGUAAAUUAUUCUUUAAAUAUUUUUUUAAUUUUUCCUUCACCUCCCCCUCUAGCCUUGGUGCAAUACUAUGUGUAAUAUAUUUCCUCUUUUUUCUGCAAACACUUACAUUUGUCUUAGUCAUUAUUUUUAUUUUAUUUUUUAUUUGUUUAAACAAAAAAGUAUACGUUUUUAUCUCAAAUUGAUAUUAUUUUUCAACAUCAAUGUAAAUUAUUAAUUAUUGUACGCUCUACUCUCUCUUUUUUUUGCAAUGUGUAACAUAUCUCAUUUACAUAGAAAUGAAAAAUAAAUGAAAUUUUGUUUUUUCAUAAAAAAAAUGAUAUUUAAUAAAUGUAUAAUUGCUACAAAUAGUAUAACAAAAAAGAAAAAUUCAAAUGAGUUUUUAUAUAGUAUAAUCUAGUAUUAAAAAUGCUUUACUAUUAUUAUUAUUAUUAUUAUUAUUAUUAUUAUUAUUAUUGUAAUCAUUGUGA